AUGCAGUUAUUUGCUCGGGCCCACUCACCCCUCACACCCUCUUCCUGGGACCUCUUCACCUUCUGCUGUGAUGGCAAGCCCCUGGCAGCUGGGGGGGUGCAGAGGGGCUGCCUCAGCCUGGCUGUAGCUUUCCUGCAGCCCCUCUGGGCGGAGGGCGCAGGGGAGAAGCUGCCCCAGGCUGCGGCAGAGCGCCUGUCCGCCCCCCAGGGUGUACGGAGCCCAGUGCCGCCCUCACCGGGGCGGAUGGGUGGGCUUGUCUACACUGAAGGACACCUGCUGACCUCAGCCUCCCCUAGUGAGCCCUGUCUUUCUGUCUCUCUAAACAGGUCUUCGCACAACGAACUAGAAAAGCACAGACGAGCCAAACUCAGGCUCUACCUGGAGCAGCUGAAGCAACUGGUACCCCUGGGCCCUGACAGCACGCGCCACACCACGCUGAGCCUCCUGAAGCGGGCCAAGAUGCACAUCAAGAAACUGGAGGAGCAGGACCGACGUGCCCUGAGCAUCAAGGAGCAGCUGCAGCGGGAGCACCGCUUCCUGAAGCGGCGCCUGGAGCAGUUGUCGGUGCAGAGCGUGGAGCGCGUGCGCACAGACAGCACCGGCUCGGCUGUCUCCACAGACGACUCGGAGCAAGAGGUGGACAUAGAGGGCAUGGAGUUGGGCCCCGGGGAACUGGACAGUGUUGGGAGCAGCAGUGACACCGAUGACCACUACAGCCUGCGGAGCGGCGGCUGCAGCGACGGCAGCUACGGGCGCCCCUGCCAGCGGCCCGGCCACCCUGGCCUCUUGUAGGUCCCAUGUCCUGUGCUCCUCGGCCCGCCGCCCUGCCUGGCCGAGCGUGUCAGCCCUCCGGUCCUCCCUUGACCCAUGCCAGCCUCUCCGUGGGCCCACUGCUGUGCCAUUCUGGAAGCUCCACCGCUGCCUGGACUGCUAGCCUCUUCCUGCAGAGCAGGGUCCUGCAGCGAGGCAGAGCCCAGCUCCCGCGCCCUGGAGCCCAGCGUAGCUGCACACAGUCUGUUCUCAGAUUCCCAAUCAUUCCAGAAGUAUUAAAUGUCAUUGCUGCAAACUUCGGUGGGCUCCAUGUCAGGGGCUUAAUGACCACCGCGGGAGCUUGGAGCCGACGCCAGAUCCUGGGAGAGAGGCGUGGACUGAGGAAGGAAGGAAGGCGCCACUGUCUGUCUGUCUGUACGUCCAUCUUUUGGUCCACACAGGCUCCUGAGGCGUGGACCAAGGGACCCGUGAAGGGCGGGAUUUGGGUGAGCACCUGGGGCAUGCGGGUGGAGAGAGGCCUUCUUCCCACGGGUGUCAGGAGCCAGGGCCGCGUUCCUGGGGGCUAGUCAGGCCACUCCGUGCCACGCUAGGCAGCUUCCGCUCUGUUUAGGACCAUGAGACACACACAUGCACCCCCUGGGCUCACUCCCACACGCGCACACUCACACAGACAUGCGGGCACCAGCUGACACACAUCCUGUGAGGUUGGGCCUCCACGGGCCGCCUGUAAGUGCUGGCCCCUGGCCUAUGCCUGGCUUUCCUGCUGCCUUCCCUUUCCCCCUCCCCCACUCGCCUUUCCCUGGCCCAGGUGGCUUUGCCUGGUCUGUGCAGGAAUAUGGUUUCUCUUCCUGACAGAGACUGGGGUGAGCUGGGUACACUGCCCCUGGACGCUCAUCUCCCUUUCUUAAGCAAAAAAAAGAAGAAGAAGAAAGAGAGAGAGAGAGAGAAAGGCAGGCAGGCUAAGCGCACCCAGGAGCUCCCUCCAGGGAGCCCCUCACAGCGCUCUGCCUACGGCCUCAGCCGGCAGAGGGUUCCCAAAAAAACACAAACAUUUUUAAAAAGAGAAAACUCUGGAGACUCUCUCACUGAGGACGUGAGUGUGUGUCGCCUUUAUUUCCUAUAUAAGAUUUUUGUACUCUAUUUUCCUAGCUGUUGUUGUGUCCUGUGUGCCGAGGGGUGGGAGUGACCCAGCGUCUCAGGGACCUGUCCCCCGCACACCGUCAUAGUGUGCCUUGUGUCCCUGUGUUGCCCUGCCGCCACCACCAGCAUGUCCCUGUGGCUCACGGGAUGCCCCGGCCUGCCCGGCAGCUUUCCAACCCUUCCCACAGCUGUGGCCGCCUCCAGUGACAUGUCCGGGCCCGUGUGAGCGGCGUGGCUACUUUCUAGGCAGGGCCCGUGGCCCCGGGCUUGGUGGUGCCUCCCUGGUGGCUGACUGCAGCCUGGGGACAGCAGGUCUGCCUGGCCAGGGCUUCCUUAUGAACCCGCAACUCUGCCGGAGCCCCUGUUCUCGGCUUGAGGUGGAUCUAGGAAUCCACUGAUGGCAGCGGGUGGACACAGCUGUCUCUGGCUAGGGUAGGAGGCUGCUGCUGCUGGUCUGUCAUUCCUGAAGACCUUUCCCUGUGGGCAGCACACAGCAAUACUUAGGUGGUGGCAGCAGGGGGCAGGGCAGCAGCACCUCGCCCGUCCCGUCCCCAGGGCAUCUGUGAUAAAGUUUCAAGCUGUUUUUCUUCACCAUGUCGAUGGACACCCUGUGGUGGGGGCCCCACUAGGCAAGGGUUCCCUGGAAACAGCUCUGCCACAGAACUGGCCCUGCAGGGGCAGUUGGAGAGCGGGUGGAGAGGAGGCCUGCGGGUGGGUUUUGUGGAAUAGGAGAGGAUGCCUAAGAGGAUGCUGAGCGGUUCUGUCUGCAUCUCCCCUGCCUCUGGGGGUCUGCAGGGUCUAGAAAGGGGGCUUCUCUCUGUGGGAGCCGGCCCACCUAGCAUUCAUUCCCAGUGCCCAGUCUGUCUUUAGGGCUUGCUCCCAAGUCAGAAUUCUGAAGUCAUCAGUUCCCUCAUUCUGCCCGGCAGAAUCUAACCCAGGUGAGCAGAGCAGCUCCCAGGCCAACCUUCCCAGCAGCUCAGCCGUCGUCGUCCCAACAAGACUGCAGGGUUGGGCUCUGCAGCUGCCCAGGCUCUACCCUUCUUCCCCCUGCUGCUGCCUGCAGAGGUGUGGCAGCCGGUCUGGGGGUGGAGGGGGACUGGUGCUAAGAGGUCCCUAUCCAUUCCUCUCCCACUCCCUUCCAUUUGCACAAGCUGGUCAUUACUGGUGGCCACAGGGUCAGAGCAGGGCAGAUAUGGUCUCUAGAAAGAAGUCAGGGCCAGAAUAGCCAGUCUGCGUCCUUUCUCUGUACCCUCCCUGCCCAUGUAGGCCCCGUGGUGCUGACUGGUUGAGGCCCGGGCUGGGCUGGGGCAUGGGAGCAGCAGCCCCACCCAGGGCUCCCAUUCUGCUACAGGUCGGCUGGAGGUGCUGCAGGUGGCUCGUCCUGGGGCCCCUCCCAGUGGCACGGCAGGGUUCUUGAGCUUAUGCCCCUGGGUGGAUGGACCCUGGAACCAACCUCUAGCCCCUCUCCUGUUCCCAGCUAUCACCAAGCUCUCUUGGGGUCAGCUGGCCUGCCACUCCCUCACCCCGGCUCCAUCCCUACUCCAGACCCCUGUGGGGCACUGGGGCAGGUCCUGAGCU